AUGGCAUCCUUGGAACGGCUGCCUUUGAACCAUGCCACGGAACUGCUGGAAGCGACGCAGCAGAAGUUUCAAUCUGGACACCUCAAGGAUCCCUCCAACUACAUCAUUGCCACGGUGUCCCGGGGGUAUGUCCCUCGCAGCGGAAGCAAGGGCGCAAUCGGUGCAAGUGGUGGGAAAGGUGGCGGUGGCAAGGGCAAGCACGAGAACUAUGAAGCCGCAGCCGCGGCAUUGAUCAACACAUCAGGCGUUUCGGAGUUGUCGUUGGAUCGUGGUUUUUGA